AUGGCCGGAAAAUGCAGAGCGAUUCCCACGGUGCCAAUAAUAAUGGCCAUCGCCGUCGUGAUGGCGGUGGCCGUGACAGGCGUCGUGGCGAAGGACUCGUCGGGUCCCCUGAGCUCCCUCACGACGUGGAGCGGGGCAGACUGCUCGGGGGACACGUCAACCAUCGGGGCGUGCGGGUGCACCGACCUCGUGUUCUAUGCCGGGCAAGAGUUCUACUACCGUGGCCAGACGGCUACGCUCUACACCGGGACUGGCUGCGCCGGCACGCCAUACCAGGUGUUCGAGGACACCCAGGCGUGUGGCGACUUUGGGUGGCGCAGUAUCAACAUCCACUGCUGA